AUGAGUGAAUGGUUGUUAGUAAAUUCUCAAAUAAAAGAGGAGAGUUUAGCUAACACUAUAACAGUAUGGUUUAACAGAGGAGGAGAGGUGAUUCAUGUUGGAGAAGUUCUAACAAUAUAUAUGCCGUUAACUGGAGUUAGUGAAAUACCUAUGACGCAAAAUCCACCCAAGAAUGAUGGAAAACAAGGUGUAAAACCAAAUUUGGAACCUAAAUACAGAGCAUCUACAGCAGGAAACAAACAGCUAGUGUUUGUUUAUGAAAUGGAAACUAUAUCGUGUAUAGGUCUUAGAUCAAAAACUAUGAUCGGAGUUAAAGAGAAGUGGGUUUUUCCCUCACGAGGUAACAAAAUAGUAAGACAAAUUCAGUUCGCUUUUCGUGUUUACACUCCGCCUACAAUAAUAUGGAGUUAUGCAUUUAAAUCAUAUUCUAAAGUGAUCAUAACAGAGAAACAGCUUACACAAACACUGAGUGAUAUAAAAGCCUGGUGCAAUUCAAAAAUCAGUAUUAGUCAAUAUCAACAAAGUCCGUGUCAUGAUAUAAUACUACGGGUGAUGCCAUUAAUUCAGUUGGCUAAACCCACUGAUCAAAUACCAUUUGUGUCACCGAAUAGUACCUACACUGAGUUAGCCAUACUUAUAGAUUUGUCGAGUCAACCACUUUUCUUAUUAUCGAACCCUGCAGGUGAUCACUUUCGCUACAUUCACUCGGUGUUUAAAGAUGAAUUGGACGAGCAAAUAAGAAAAUCAGUCAUAAAAGACGAAUUGAACAUAUAUGACAUCCCGACGCGUGUACGUUCCAUAUGUCCACCUGGUAGUCAAACCUACCAUCCGCCUCCAUUAUUAAAGUCGCUAGCCCACCUUGGAAAUUACACUUUGAAUAAAAGUUCAAUACUACUGUCAAAUUCGUCAGCAUAUCAGUUAACAAAGUGGUCUCCCAUAUGUCAUCCUUGUCCUCCAGGUCACGCUCCUCGAACACCAUAUGCAUUUGACGGGUGCCAUCUAUGCCCUAAAGGUUACUAUUUAGGUGAGACAGAUUAUCCGUCAAGUGGAGGUUGCCUUCAAUGUCCCACAGGCUUUACAACUGACAACUUGGGUGCCACAUCCGUGAGAGAAUGUCACUUAGAAGGAGGAGCUGUAACUCGACUAAUCAUUGGAUUUUUCCUCAAUAUAUGGAGAGAAUUUGAACAGGUUGUAGUCGGCACCAUGGGAGAAGAGACACAUACUAGGGCCAUAGGACAAGUUCAUGAAAGUUAUUGGGCAUGGAAAGGUAAGAUCAGUUUAAGUUUGUGGAUAGUUGUAAGCCUAUUCAUUAUGGUUACCCUAUGGAUAUCUUCAUUGGCUAUCUAUCGUAUACAUCUGUACAUAAAACUGCAUAAAAUGUAUAGAGAACAGUUUAGAUUACUUUUAAAAUCAGCUCUAAUUGGACAGAUCAAUCUAGUUAUUCGAAUUAAACAGCAAAUAAAAGCCAGUGUAAUACCAUUUGAUGUCAAGUUCGGCAACUAA